AUGUCAAGAUGGUUUUUGCCUUAUACGGUGCAAUUUGAGGUUGGCCCUCAAGCUGUUUUCGAUGCCGAUAUUGCUGAAAAAGAUGCAACGGCAUCCUCUUUACAGUCAAAGGCUAAACAGAGAUCAAAUUCAGCUCAUAGUGGAUCGCCAAUUCCCCAAGGUAUUCCUCAAGGAAUUCCGAAUCAAAGCUCAAUAUUACCAUCUUUAAGUAUUGCCAAUUCUCAAUUACAUUCUCCUGCUAACUCGUCUCCGAAAACAAGCGAUCGCCGAUUAUCAAAUGAUUCGCGUGGUUAUGAAAAGCAAUCGAAUCCUGGAGGUCAAUCUCCUGCAUUAUCAAGUAGUGAUGUCGAACAGUUUUUCUAUCUGCAUCACAAAUCAAAGAAAUCUUCUGGUGAUAAUGCCCCUCAAAAUCCUUUAACUGACAAUUUAAAUGAAAAAUUGGCUUCUCAUUAUAUUCAACCCCGUUCCCGUUAUAAUCAACAAGUUCCUUCUCUGGUUGUGGACCCCAAAAAUAAAAAGGAUGAUGAUAUUGGAUUUUCUGGUUUGAAAAUUAGCAGAUCAAAAACUGAUUUACCAAAUUUGAACUCUUCAACAAGCUCUUUCACUAAUUUAAUUGGUGGUAUGACCCCUAGCACUCCUGCAACUUCCUCCAAACCAAGAUCCGCAUUAUCAAGAGCAAACUUCACUUUACAUGGUAAUAGUAGUCAUAAUUCUUUAGCUAUUGCUGAAGAAGAAGAAGAAGAAGAAGAAAAAGGUAAACAUGAUUCAAGAAAAUCUUCCACCGAUCAAAAGCCAACCAAUCCAAAUAAUGAAGAUUUGGAUGAUUGGAAAAAUAACUUUAAUGACGUUGCUCAUGGUAGAUCCGAAACAAAAUUAGCUCCAUUUGGUGGAUUUUCGAAUGCUAAUUUAGAAUCUGGUUUUUCAAAUCAGCAAAAUAUUUUCGAAACAGCUCCUUGGAAAAUUGUUUUAACUGAUAAAGGAAAUGGGUCAUUAACUAAAGCCGUUCGUUUAUCAGUUGAAAGUGGAAAGAUUCAUAAUCGUAAAUGGGUUGGUACUUUAUCAAUGCCUAGUGAUGUCGUUCCAUCUCAUGUUAUUGAUAACAUUGCUCAAAACUUAAGAGAUGAAUUUAACAGUGAAGCCGUUUUCCCUAAUGAUAUCACUUUCCAAGGUCAUUAUAAAUCUUUUUGUAAACAAAUUCUUUGGCCCUCAUUACACUAUCAAAUUCCUGAUGAUCCAAAAUCAAAAGCUUUUGAAGAUCAUUCUUGGGGCCACUACAAACUUUUGAAUCAAUUAGUUGCUGAUAAAGUGGUUGAAGUUUAUAAAAAGGAAAAUGGCCAUUUGGAUCCAAAUGACCCAGAAAAUAUUAUAUGGGUUCACGAUUAUCAUUUAUUAUUAGCCCCUCAAAUGAUUCGUGAACAGUUACCCAACGCUAAGAUCGGAUUCUUCUUACACGUUUCAUUCCCAUCUUCAGAAGUUUUCCGUUGCUUUGCUCAACGUACUGCUUUAUUGAAAGGUAUUUUGGGUGCGAAUUGUGUUUCUUUCCAAAAUCAAGAAUACGUCAGACAUUUCUUGCAAACCUGCAAUCGUCUUUUACUAGCUGAUACUAAUGAAUUCGGAAUUACAUAUGAUGGUAAAUUUACUAGCAUUACCACUAUUCCAGUUGGUAUAGAUGCCAAUUCCUUAAGUCAAGCUAUAAUGAGUAAUGAAGUCAACGAAUGGAGAAAAUUAAUUAGAGAAAGAUGGAGUGACCAAAAUUUGAUUGUCUGUAGAGAUAAAUUGGACAAAUUAAGAGGUAUCAAACAAAAAUUACUAGCUUAUGAAAAAUUUUUACUUGAAAAUCCUGAAUUUGUCGAUACCACUGUUUUAAUUGAGAUUUGUAUUGGUAGUUCUCAUGAUUCUUCUUAUGAAAGUGAAAUCAUGCAAAUUGUGGCAAGAAUUAAUUCACUCCCAGAAAACAUAUCAGUUUCCCAACCAGUUGUUUUAUUACAAAAAGAUAUUGAUUUUGAACAAUAUUUGGCCUUACAAUGUGAAGCAGAAGUUUUUGUGGUCUCCUCCAUGAGAGAAGGUAUGAAUUUAACCUGUCACGAGUUUAUUAUUGCAACAACUGAAAAGAAAUCUCCCUUAAUGUUAUCUGAGUUUACAGGAUCUUCUCAAUUGUUAGACCAUAGUGGUAAAGGUGCUAUUUUAAUUAAUCCUUGGGACAUUAAAAAAUUUGCUGAAAUGUUUAAAUAUGCUUUGACUAUGAAUCCAGCAGAAAAAUUAGAGCGCUGGAGAAAUUGCCAUGAUACGGUUGUAACUCAUGAUUCUAAGGCUUGGGUUGUGAGCUGCAUUGAUAGUAUAAAUGAAGCUUGGGAUCGUGACCAAUGUCGCCACUUGAGCAGUUUGACUCCUUUUACAAGAGAUGUUUUUGAAAAUUUCUAUAAUGAUCAACAAACAGGGACAGGUAAAAACAUUUACUUCUUGAAUUUGGAAACUCCAUCUGCUAUAAGCCCCACUAAUAUAAAUGAUCUUAACAAGGUAGCUGCUGGAGUUAGUGAUCCAAGCAAAACUCCAUUCUCCGAGCCUAAUAAAAUUUCUAAGCUUUUAAAUGGGCUUUUAUCAGAUCCUAGAAAUCAAGUUUACCUCAUCAGUUUUAUGAAGAGGAAAGAUUUAGAGGCGUUGUAUAGAACGGUUCCAAACUUAGGUUUGAUAGCUGAGAAUGGUGGUUAUAUUAAACUUAUUGGUUCUGCCAGAUGGGUUUCAAUUGUUGAUGAAAAUGAAUUAAAGUAUUGGAUGCCUCAAGUUAGACAAUUGAUUGAAGCAAAAGCAGAAAGAUUAAUAGGAUCACAUUGUGAAGUGGAAGAUUGUACAGUCAGAUUCCAUCCAGGUACUUCCAUAAAAGAAGAUCGUGAAAGAAGUUUGGAUACCAUGGGUGAUACUAUUCAACAUAUAAAUGAUGUGUUUGGAGAUAGAGAUGGAGUUCAUGCUGCAUUAAUCAAAAAUGUAGUUGUUGUUCAACAAGACCAUCUUUGUUUAAAAGCUUUGAAGUUCAUUGUAUCAUAUUAUAAUCAUAAAUCAUCCGGUACACCAUCGAAAGAAUUGAUUGAAGAAUACCAAGUUAAACGAGUACCUUCCUCGGUACCAACUACUCCAAGUGCUGAGCACCAUCCAGAUGAUCCAAUAAUUUCGCCAAUUGCAUCACCAGCCAAUCCAAACUUCCCACGUAAUUCACCAUUUGGGAAAGUUUCCUCUAAGAGUCCGGUGUCAUCAGUAUUUUUCAGCGGAGGAUCUACUAGGAUCGAUGAUCCAAGUUUUGAGUAUGUAAAUAAUUUAAAAGAGACAGGAGAAGUGGAUAACGUCUUGACUAUUACUGUGUUAGGAGCCGAUACCGAUGUUAGGACUUCGGCAUAUUACAGAGUUGCAGGUAAAAACGAACUUUUAGGUAUUUUAUCUAAUACGGAUGCCGCAUGA